AUGACUGAGAAUAUGCCUAACAAGGACCCCUUUGACAGCGGAAGUGACGUUUUCAGUGAUGCUGUGAAUCUUGUUAGCAAUAUGCCACUCUCGGAGUAUUUCAGCGCCGAUGAACUCAGUGAAGGUAGACUUGAGACGAACCUAUCAGAUGCAAAGGUAAGAGACCUUGAACUGUGGGAUUCCGACGAUGUGUUAAGAUCCAACAGCCGAUUGAAGGAACUAAUUUUUGAUAUCGAAAGUCAGCAGAUGAGCUGUGAAGGUUACCCACAAUUCUCAUCAGGUAAUAGUAGUAACGUGGUUCAGGAUGUUACUGUGACAGCUCGUGAAACGGAGACAGCGUUGGAAAGCCUUGGAAUGUCUCAAUUUAGAAACUUAGAAGUGGUAAACACUGCAAAGGCCCCAACUAAAUCCUCCGAUGAAGUAUCGGAAUUUCAGUACUCUGAAAAAGUUAUUUCGUUGCUUACUAGCAAAAUGUCCAUGAGUUCAGAUGUAGAAAGAAAAUCACAAAAAGGUCAUCAACUGGAAAGUUCAAGGCAGCCUGAAAAUUGGCCACAUAGAGAUAGUUUACUGGAAAAUCCUUCAGCAAAUGAAUUAGAUAGCAAGGAAGAGCAUGAUCCUCCAAACAACUCGAUUGCCUCCAUUCAUAGGAAUAAAUCCAUUGUAAAAGUAAUUUCUUCAAUGCAAGGAAUGUUCAAGAAAAGAGAACCUGUACUUAUUUCAAGAGAUCUAUCCCCAACACAAAUAAUAAGCUUAACCGUACCGAGAAAGUUUCUGCAAAAUGACGGAAAAAGCAAAAAAAACAGCUUAAGAAAAUGGAGAAGUUAUAUGGGUCUUAAUCAAAGUAAGAGAGAUAUGAAAAUUCAUGAUACCUCAGAAGUCAAGAAACAACUUAUCAAGACCAUCUCCGAGGGAUCAAUAAGCAUGACAAACUGUACCGACGACAAUCUGAUCGGAUUCUGUAUUGUUCCAGUUAACAACCUUCGUUAG